CCAGCCGGGGAAUACGUCACAUGGGAACGUAACGGUUAACUGACGGUCCGCGGUGACGUCACGCUCCAGCUCCCACUGCUUUUCGGGUCACAAGUUGGACUCGCGACGGGAAACGAUUUUUCCCAAAGACCCACCGCCGCCGACCACUUCAUCCGCUACCGCAGGAAAAGAAAUGGGCAACUGUCAACCCACAAUUUUCCCCUAUGAGGAUUUUGACGUGGUGGCAGACAUCAAGGCCAUCCGCAAAGCCUGCAAAGGGUUCGGAACCGAUGAGCAGGCCAUCAUUGACAUCCUGGCUAACCGCAGCUCAGCGCAGCGGCAGGAGAUCAAGGCGGCUUAUUUUGAAAAAUACGACGACGAACUUGUGGAUGUGUUGAAGAGUGAGCUGUCGGGGAACUUUGAGAACGCCAUCCUGGCCAUGCUGGAUCCGCCCGUCAUCUACGCCGUGAAGGAGCUCAGGAAGGCCAUGAAGGGACCGGGAACCGACGAGGACGUCCUGGUGGAAAUCCUCUGCACCGCCACCAACGCUGACAUCGCCUUGUUCAAGGAAUGCUACUUUCAGGUGCAUGAGCGCGACCUGGAAGCGGAUAUCGAGAGCGAUACGAGCGGAGACGUUAGAAACCUCCUCAUGGCUCUGCUGCAGGGAAACAGAGAUGAGAGUUACAACGUGGACGAGGAGCUGGCGGAGCAAGACGCCACCGCUCUGUUCGAGGCUGGCGAGGGUCGCUUCGGGACAGAAGAAUUCACCUUCACCUACAUCUUGGCCAACAGAAACUACCUGCAGCUGCAGGCCACCUUCAAGAUAUAUGAGCAGCUUUCUGGAACUGAAAUCCUGGACGCUAUUGACAGCGAAACGUCUGGAACGCUGAAGAAGUGCUACACUGCUCUUGUCAGAGUGGCUAAAAACCCGCAGCUCUACUUUGCCAGGCGUCUGCACAAAGCCAUGAAGGGAGCGGGAACAGAUGAAGACACUCUGAUCCGGAUCAUCGUGUGCCGCUCCGAGUUCGACUUGGAGACGAUCAAAGACAUGUACCUGGAGAAGUACGACGUGUCCUUGAAGGACGCCAUCCGGGACGAGUGCACCGGCGACUUCAAGCGCCUCCUGGUGGCCAUUUGCCACUAGACGCUGCAGGAGUUUUCAUCAAGCCGACUGAAACUCUCUAGUCCCUGCAAGGCAUUAAGACGGAGCAGAGUUAUUAUUAAUCUCCCUUUAACAAGGAUCCAGUUUUAGCUCUUAACAUUUAUAAAGACACUAAGAUUUCUGUGUUUGUAACAAAAGUGAAACCCCGCUGAUGUCACAGUGAUGUCAUAAAUCAUGGCCCUCUUCACUGCUGCUACCACUUAUGCAAUCACUCCAUUUGGAAUGAAGUUUCUGCUUUUCUUGAAGGUUUUGUCUGUUAAUGAAGGAGCUAUCAUGAAAGAAACAAUUGUCAUUUUUGAAAUAAUCAUGAUUUGCUUUAGGUUGUGUUUUUUUUUCUAUCUUGAACUACAACACUGCCAAACCACAAAAUCUUACCAAGUAAUUUUAGUCUACUUUAUAGUGCAAAUAUCUUUGUGCACUUGAAAUAAGACAAAACUAAUUUAGAAAUAUGUAGGACUUUGAUUUAAGUAAAUAAUUUCUUUAAUAUUGAUGAAAAAGUACUAGUUCCAAUGGUAAAUAAUUUUACAUAUAACAAGACAUUUUUCUAGGUCAUAAAUAAACCAAUCUGCCAUUAUUUACUCAAAAAUAAGCUCCUAAUUUUGCAGAAAAGUUACUUGUAAGUUAGGGUUUUUUUUUCAACUGUACUAAGAUAUUUACACUAUAAACUAGACUAAAAUUUCUAGGUAAGAUUUUGUGUUUUUGCAGUGCAUGCCUUUAUAAAUCCAAGUGCAUUUCACCUGAUUACAUCCUUGUUUUGUAAUUUCUUCCUAACAGAGAUUAGUAUUAAUAUAUAAAAUUAGAGCCAGUACAGAUGUUAUACUGUAUUAACUGUGUUUAGAAUAUCUGAAUUUAACACUGAGAUAAUCUGAUGAUUUUUUUUUUUAUUAUUUGUGUCUAUUUAUGGCAGAAAUUUUAACAUUAAUAGACACAAUAAAUACUGACAACAUAAACAUUCUGUAGCCAAAGAGUUUACUUAAUAAAGUUUACUGUAUAAUCAUUG